AUGGUGUCCGUUUGCGUGCAGGCUGGUGAGGGAGAUAUCAGGCGGUUCUUUGCACCGACAUCAGCAAAGCCCGCGGUGCAGAAACCAGCCCCAAAUGGAAACACCAAAGCAGACGACGGCAAGAACAAGAAGAAGAAAACUCCCUCUCAGAAGUCUUCAGACGAGGAAGUGAAAAAGAAACAGACCACCAAGGCAAGCAGGUGUCUUCUGCUGUCAUCCGUCUUUUCCCGUGACCUCUUUUGCUUGCUUGCUGUUCAUUGGGCUAAAAGCUCCAAAGCAGGAAAGCAGCGCCAGGAUGGUGGUAAAAAACGAAAGAAGCACGCCAUCAUCGUGUCAGGUAAGUCACAUUCAGACAGAAUCAUGGGAACCAGAUGCCCAUUCAAUUCCCCUCCAGUUCCAAUGGUGAUGUUCUGGUAUAAGCUGUCUUUGCCACAAGUUAUCGGACUUUUGUGCCGUUCAGACUCGGAUUCGGAGGAGAAGGAGCCUGCAGUAAAGUUCAGCAAGUCCUCCAAAGACAAAGCAGCGAACAGCAAAGCGGAGCCGCCUGCUAAGAAGGAUCCUGUGCGUUAUGUUUCAGAAACAGACUCGGACAGCGACAAUUUUAAGUCCUUGAAGAAAGUCCCCAAACCCAAACAGAACGGCAGCACCAAGAGCACAAAAGCAAACCCAGACGGUUCUCGUCCAGCAGCCGACGCAGGGAUGAAGUCACCCAUCAGGCCGUCCACCAGCCAGGGAAAAGCUGGCGUGAAGAGCCCCGCUGCUCCCGUGACCCCCAAGUCGGCGCCGCCCCCUCAACCCAAACAAACCCCCACCUCGGUGAUGGACUACUUCGGGAGCGGGACCAUUCACCGCUCGGACAAGAAGCUAGUGGCGAGCGCCAAGCGAAAGGCACCAACUCAGGACCCCAAUGACCUGAUAAGUGACGAGGAAAUCGCCCGGCAGCUGCAGAUGGAGGAAGAUAUGGAGCUGGAAAAACAAGUCCACGAAGACGCGGCGUUUGCCAAAACGCUGGCUAUGCUUGAUGCUGAGCCCCAGGCCAAGAAGGCUCGCAAAAGUUCAGAGGAAAAGCGAGACCUGCCCAGGAGCCCCCAAAAGAGCAGCGCCAGCAGCUCAUCGAACAGCCGCAGCGUGUCAGACGACGUGGUCGGCCCGUCGCCCAAAAGCAGCCCCCCACCGGCCAAAACCAGCUCCAAGCUAGCCAUGAUGAAGAAAAGGGAGGAGCUGAGGGAUGGGGAGCCGAAAAGCAAAACGCCCACAAGCGUGAAAUCGUCCCCCAAGAAGGAGCCUGUCACCUCGUCGGGGCCGGAUAAGAAGCUCACCCCAAAAGCCGGAACCACUCCGGCGGGGCUCAAAACGUCCCCCAAGAAGCCCGAGAGCACCAGCAUCAGUCCGGAAGACGCCGAGAAGAAGAAGGGCAACUCUGCAGCCUACAGGAACUACCUCAACCGGGACGGGCCCCGAGCUCUGGGAUCCAAGGAAAUCCCAAAGGGCGCAGAGAACUGCUUGGAGGGCUGCGUCUUUGUGCUGACCGGAGUCAUGGAGUCCAUGGAGCGAGAUGAUGCCAAAACUCUGAUUGAGCGCUACGGAGGGAAGGUGACGGGUAACGUCAGCAAGAAGACCACCUACCUGGUGCAGGGCCGAGACAGCGGAGUGUCAAAGCUGGAGAAGGCGCAGAGCUUGGGCACCAGCGUCCUGGAUGAAGACGGUCUGCUGGAGCUGAUCAGAACCAAACCGGGGAAGAGGACGCCCCCCAGCCGGGCGUCAAAGGGCACCCCCAAAGCCCAGAACAUCUCCCCCUCCAAAGGUAACUCCAGGUCCCCGCACACACCCAGCCCGUCCAAGACCGGCCAGACGCAGAAGACCAAGACCAGCGACGGCGCCACGCCGUCCGGGAGAGGCCCGGCUCCCAGGGCCCGGAGGGAUCUGGGCCUCUCCUCCUCCUCCUCUUCCUCCUCCUCCUCCGCUGCGGCGGUGCCGGCGGGGGAGGCCGCCACCCUGCUGUGGGUGGACAAGUACCGGCCGCAGUCGCUGAAGGCCGUGAUCGGCCAGCAGGGCGACCAGAGCUGCGCCAACAAGCUGCUCCGCUGGCUGCAGAACUGGCACCGGCACCACGCCGCCGGCGCCAGCGGCAAACCAGCAGCACGCUUCGGGAAGUUCGGGGGGAAGGACGACGGCUCGGGACACAAAGCGGCGCUGCUGUCCGGCCCGCCCGGCGUGGGAAAGACCACCACGGCGGCGCUGGUCUGCGAGGAGCUGGGCUUCAGCUACGUGGAGAUGAACGCCAGCUGCACGCGCAGCAAGAACAGCCUGAAGGAGGUGGUGUCCGAGUCCCUGAACAACACCAGCAUCGAGGGCUUCUACAAAGGCACGUCGCGGACGGUCAGCAGCAAGCACGUCCUCAUCAUGGACGAGGUGGACGGCAUGGCCGGAAACGAGGACCGCGGCGGGAUCCAGGAGAUGAUUGGCCUGAUAAAAAGCACCAAGGUCCCCAUCAUCUGCAUGUGCAACGACCGCAACCACCCAAAGAUCAGGUCGCUGGCCAACUACUGCUUUGACCUGCGCUUCCAGAGGCCGCGGCUGGAGCAGAUCAAGGGAGCCAUGAUGUCCAUCGCCUACAAGGAGGGGAUCAAAAUCCCCCCACCGGCUCUCAACGAGAUCAUCCUGGCGUCCAACCAGGACGUCCGACAGGUGAUCCACAACCUGAGCAUGUGGUCGGCCAAAGACAAGGUGAUGACCUACGAGCAGUGCCGCUCGGACGCCGCCAACGCCCGCAAGGACAUCAAGCUGGGGCCCUUCGACGUCUGCCGGAGGGUCUUCUCCUCGGGGGCCGACACGGCCAACAUGAGCCUCAUCGACAAGUCCGACCUCUUCUUCCACGACUACUCGCUGGCGCCGCUGUUCGUGCAGGAGAACUACCCGCACGUCCGUCCGGCCGCCGCCGGCGGGGAUAUGAAGGCUCACCUGGUGCUGCUCAGCAAGACGGCGGACGCCAUCUCAGACGGCGACCUGGUGGACAGACGGAUCCGCUCGAGCCAGAACUGGUCGCUGCUGCCCACCCAGGCCAUUUAUGCCAGCGUGCUGCCCGGCGAGCUGAUGAGAGGCUACCUGGCCCAGUUCCCCGUCUUCCCCAGCUGGCUCGGGAAAAACUCCUCAGCCAAUAAGCACUCCCGCAUCCUACAGGAGCUGACCUCGCACAUGAGUUUAAAGACUUUGAGCAGCAGACAGGCGCUGAACCUGGACUACCUGCACCACCUGCGGCAGGCGCUGCUGGGGCCCCUGCAGAGGCACGGAGCCGAGGGCGCCGGCCAGGCCGUCCGGCUGCUGGACGACUACCAGCUCAUCAGGGAGGACGUGGACAGCAUCAUGGAAAUCAGCGUGUGGGGGGGACAGCCGGACCCCUACUCCAAACUGGACUCUAAGGUGAAGGCAGCCUUCACGCGGGCGUACAACAAAGAAGUCCACCUGACGCCGUACUCGCUGCAAGCCGUGAAGAAGGGCCGCCGCGGGGGCGGAGGGGAGUCGGAGCUAGGGGGGGAGGACGCAGACAUGGAGCCUCAGGCGUCCGAGGAGGAAGCGGAGGGGCUGCAAACCGACGGAAUGAUCAAACAGAAAAAGACCAAACCCACUAAAGAGGCAAAAAAGGAGAAGAAGGAAGAUUCUGGCAAGGGCAAAGGAAAGGGGAAAGGCAAAGCUAAGAAAUGACCCAGAACCGGGGAGGAACUUUCUGUGCUGGACUGCCUCCACACACACACACACACACACCAUUAGUCAGUUCAUCAGGUUAACACCCAGAAGUAGAGACGGGUCUUCUGCUCGGACAUAUAACCCAUCUG